CGGUGCGGUCACACCGCAGACUGCGCCUUCAAACCACGGCUGUGAUGUGGAAACAGGUGAGCUCGCUGCUGUGGAGGGCACCGGUCCCCGGACUUUCACCGGCGGUCACGGUCCGAUCCACGUCCCACGGACCCAGCUGCAGUGUGUCCGGGAGGGAGUGGGUGAGGCCUAGCGGCUUUGAUACGGGCUUGAAGACUUUUAACAGCCUGAGCAAACAGAAGGAGCCCCUGAUCCUGACAAGAGAGGGGGUCGCGACCUGGUACAGCUGUGGACCCACCGUGUACGAUCACGCUCACCUGGGUCAUGCAAGCUCAUACGUGAGGUUUGACAUCCUGCAGAGGAUCCUCAGCAGACUGUUUGGGAUCACCGUGAUCCAUGCCAUGGUCAUCACUGACAUCGAUGACAAGAUCAUCAGAAGAAGCUGGGAGGAAAACGUUUCCCCAGCCGCCGUCAGCGCAGUGUACGAGGACGAGUUCAAGAGGGACAUGCUGUCGCUGAAGGUGGUUCCUCCUGCAGUGUAUUUAAGGGUCACAGAGAAUGUGCAUCAUAUCGUUGCCUUUAUUGAGAAGAUCAUCAGAAAUGGACACGCUUAUGCCACGAAAGAAGGCGAUGUGUAUUUUGACAUUCAGUCCAUUGGUGGCAGGUACGGCAGGUUUGUGGGAGCUGUGGAUCCUCAGGGAGAGCCCGGCUCCUCAAACAAACGGGACCCGAGGGACUUUGCUCUGUGGAAACCGUCGAAACCUCGAGAACCAUACUGGGAGUCCCCGUGGGGCAGAGGAAGACCGGGCUGGCAUAUUGAAUGUUCUACCAUUGCUAGCUCCAUGUUUGGGGGACAGUUGGAUGUCCACUCUGGAGGGAUUGACCUGGCUUUUCCUCACCACGAGAAUGAGAUCGCUCAGAGUGAGGCGUAUCACCAGUGUGGACAAUGGGCAAACUACUUCCUGCACUCAGGGCACUUACACCUGAAGGGCAGUCCAGAGAAAAUGUCUAAGUCUUUAAAGAACUACAUCAGCAUCAAGGAUUUUCUGCGGUCUUAUUCUGCCAAUGAAUUCCGGAUGUUUUGUCUUUUGAGCAAAUACAGAUCAGCUAUCGACUACAGCGACAGCAGCGUGCUGGAGGCUCGCAGCACUCUGGACACCAUCUCCACCUUCUGCCACGAUGCUCAGGCCUACAUGAAGGGUCAGCUGCAGUGUUCACACGUGCAGGAGGAUUUGCUCUGGAGCAGGCUGGCUGAGACUAAAUCCACUGUGAUGUCCACUCUAGCAGAUGACUUUGAUACACCGAGAGCCAUAAGUGCUCUGAUGAAUCUGGUUUAUCACGGAAACUGCCAGCUUCAGCCUGUUUCUACGCCUGCUGGGGCGGCCCGCAGCCCCGCCGUGUUCGGAGCAAUGGUCACCUACGUCAGAGAUGUCUUGGAUGUGUUUGGCAUCGACCUGCACACUAAGGAGGCUGAGGUGCUGAGCAGCCGAGGCAGUCUGCAGCCGGUUGUGGAACAGCUGACUCAGUUCAGGAGCAAAGUUCGAGAGUUCGCGCUCGCUCGUCAGGACAGUUCAUCCACAGGAUCCCCGAGCAGAGCUGGACUGCACCCUGACAGACUCCCUCUGCUUAAAGCCUGCGAUGCCCUCAGAGAGGACCUGGCGCCCCUGGGUGUGCUGAUAAAGGAUAGAGGAGCCACCUCCACCUGGGAGAUCAAAAUGAGCGCGAGAGGACAAGGACCGGAGGACAAAGGCGAGGAGACGUCCAGCUGAAGGUUUUUUCCUUUCUAACAAUGAUUUGAGCUUUGUGGACUCGACGGAAAGACUUGGAACAACAAGAAAACAGCACGAUGCCAUAAAACAGAAGCUCAGGGUGCUGGACUCUUAGUUUGUUUCCUGAGCCACGUGCUGUACCUGCCUGUCACUGUGGCUCCACCUCUGUCAUGUUACAGACCUCCUUUAAUUUUAAAUCCGGUGGUUAUCCAGUACUGGACUAAAUCUGAGCUGCUGUAAUGCUCACAGUUGGCUGUACCUGCAGUAUCAUCAAGGUUUGAUACCCACCUCACCUUAUUCACCCCCCAAGGCUGAUGCUCACCAUCCUACAGCACCAGGAGCUGCAGAGGUCUGGCAGCAUUCUCCACCACUGUAUUUGGCAUUGAUACAUUAAAGUUUUGCUGAAAGUAC